ACAAUCAGAUGAAAGCCAUGUGGUGACUAGUUAUUCUCCGAAAUUAUUCCAGCUCUUCAUUUUGGUCGUUGGUGAUAUUUUCAUAACAAUUCACGAUGGAAGUAGACUCUGUUACUAUACAAGACAUACAUGUCAAGUCAGUGGAAGUUGUAAAAGCAAAAAAGGUUGAUAAGAAAGGGCUGCGUAAAAUUUUUGUACCAAGAUCCAGACAAUCAGCAUUAAAAGAACAUUGGCUGAAAAUUUUUACGCCAAUUGUGGAGCAGCUAUUCCUUCAGAUGCGCUACAAUGUGACCAGCAAGCAGGUCGAAAUUCGGCUAGGCCCAGAAACACAGGAUCCAUCAAACUUGCAAAAAGGUGCUGAUUUUGUUCGUGCUUUCAUACUUGGAUUUGCAGUCGAGGAUGCUUUGGCGUUAUUAAGAUUGGACGAUUUAUUUAUCGAGUCUUUCGAAGUUAACGACGUGAAGAUGUUAAAAGGAGAUCACUUAAGUCGAGCCAUCGGUCGGCUAGCAGGCAAAGGCGGAAGGACGAAGUUUACACUUGAAAAUUCAACCAAGACGCGAAUUGUUCUUCAAGAUUCGAAAAUUCAUAUUCUGGGCAAUUAUAAAAAUAUACAAUACGCCAAACGAGCUAUUAGUCACCUCAUUUUGGGAUCACCGGCAAGUAAAGUUUAUGGAAACCUGCGAUCAGUAGCUAAUAAAAUGUCUGAUCGUCUUUAAGUUCUGAAUUUAAAU